UGAAUAAUUCUUCGUCAUCCACAAUUCCUCAAGAAAAUGCAACAACUGCUAUACGUAUAUUUGGCGGUAUUUCUUAUGCUCUUCUCUCGACAAUGUCAAUUCUCAUGAAUACUUUAUUAAUUUCUGUACUUUUUUAUGUACGUUUUGAGAUGUUAUUUGGCGUUUUCCUAUAUAAUUCUUGUCAAAUUUUAAAUAAAAUUUUAUGUCCCACAACUGCUCACCGAGUUUUAACCUCUUUUCUCUUGCCAAUUUCAUUAAAAUUAAAUCUCUUCUAAUUUUAAGGGGCAUUAUCAAUUUCGCCGGCUUGCUUUCUUCACCUUAGCUUGGCAGAUGGUUUUUUGUGAUUUAAUGACACAAAGUGUUCAAUUAAUUAUUGCUGUCCCAGUAACAUUAAUGGGCCAACCUAUUUAUGGUCACCCAACUUGGUAUUAUGUUAUACUUUUUGUUGACACCUUUGCCUACAAUGCAACUCUUCAUUUUUCUGCUUUAAUGACUUUAAAUCGUCUUUGUGUUUUCUUCGCCCCACGUCUUAAUACCAUUUUAUUUUCACCCAACAAUAUAACAUUAACGGUUGGAGCUCUCUGGCUAUACGUUCUUGGAUUCUGUUCUUGUUAUAAUUGGAUUGGAUGUAAAAAGGCUUUCUCCGAAACUGGCUUUUUUAUGUAUCACGAUUGUCCUGAACAACUUUCUACUUUUGGAGUUAUUUUUCGUUCGAUAAGCUUCCAUUUAAGUACUUAUUUGCCUGUUUUAAUGUUAAUUGCUUAUUUGGCAACUUUUGUUUAUAUCCGUUUCUUUUUUGGCCGUCAAAAUCGUGUUAGGGCCACAACCAUCCAAUCAAGUAUUCGAUCCUUAGCUAGGGAUAAGGAAGAGGAGAGAAUACAAAAAGCUAGGCGUCAAAGAGAAAAGAAUUUUUUGGUUCAGAGUUUUCUUAUCUGCGGUUUUUUGGAAAUACAAAAUCUCGCAUUUGAUAUAACUCCAGCUAUAUUUGCCUCAUUUAAAGGGCAAUGGUCUUUUUUGGUUACUUUUGCUGAAAAUUGGAUUUCAAUACUUUUAAACAGCAUUUCUCCAAUAAUUUUAUUUUCCUUUAAUGGAGAUGUCAGAAAAUGUUUAGCAGAAUUAUUUAAUUAUCAACCUCAAUGCUGUUUUGGUCCCCAAAUAAAUAACCAAAAUAAUAACAAUUUACCUAUCCCCUUUACACAAUCUUUUACUGUCCCUCCAUCACAAUUACUUCGACCUAUGGCUUUAAAUAGAAGAAUAUCUGAUGAAAAUAAUAUAGAACAAAUUAAUAGUAGUGAAAGAAUUGAAACUUCACGAAGACAAAUUUCUUUUUGA